ACCGUCGCGCACCCGCCGCCAACACGAGUCGUGCCUUUCCUGCUCCGCCACUCGGCGUUUGUUCUUCUCCCUCUCUCCCUCUCUCUCUACGUUUUCUCUCGGCACCACUCUUACGACGACGAAUCGCUGCGCUCCCGGCGAGCAGGGACCCUCUCUCGACACGUGGACGCGGUCACUCUCUCGCGGUGACAUUCGCUUUUCAUUAUUGGCCGCCUCCUCGCUCGCUCGUCUGUCAGCUCGGGACCGUCGCCCCUAACGGUCUGCUGCGCCACGGCUCUCGUCACUCGGAAACAGGUUUUCUCGCAAGAAUCGUCUCCGCAAGGAAAACAAGGAACCGUUCGGCCUACCGAAGAGCCCUAUUAUCGAAAGAAAAAAAUUGCGAAGAGAUCCCAGUGAUGUGCUUUUUUUAUACGAGUUAGGCCCACUCAUCCAUAGGUGUGCCCACUGGAAGAUUACGGUCUGAUUUACGAGUCAUAUAAUGGCGACGCGCACUAUCACGCAUUCUACCCAGUCCAAAUCGUCCUUGAGCUGCUGCCAAGGUGAUCCUAGCAGCCAUAGUGACAUUCGCACUGCAUGUGCGAUAAGGAACAAUAAUUAUUUCAAGCAAGAGAAACAUUCCUUUCCAAAGAGGCCGGAAAUCAAUCUAGCCUUCGUAGAUAUUCGCUUCAGGGUGAAACUAUGGAGUAUUCGCAACUUGAUACCAGAUACCAAAGAAAUCCUUCACGGAGUAAGUGGGGCUUUCAAAGCCGGUGAAUUGACAGCAAUAAUGGGACCCUCUGGAGCAGGGAAAUCUACUUUAUUGAACGUUUUAGCCGGUUUCACGGUUCAAGGAGUGACAGGAGAAAUUAUGGUGAAUGGCAAAGUUCGAGCACCUCACAGCGAAAGUUGGCGAAGAACUUCGUGUUACAUUCAACAAGAUUCUUUAUUGAGACCACGACUUACGGUUGGAGAAGCCAUGACGUUAGCUGCCCAUUUGAAGCUCGGAUACGAGAACACUUCUGCGUACAAACACACUCAAGUCUUGGAAUUAUUAGAGAUGCUCGGCUUGAGUCACUGUUAUGACACAUUAUGCGGAAAAUUAUCCGGGGGACAAAAGAAGAGGCUUGACAUUGCUCUGGAGUUGGUUAGCAAUCCUUCAGUAUUAUUUCUCGAUGAACCCACGACUGGUCUCGAUUCUGCUUCGUGCAUACAGUGCAUCGCUCUUCUGCAGAGAUUAGCGAGAACGGAAAGGCGCACCAUUGUCUGCACGAUACAUCAGCCCAGUGCUCUGAUCUUUGAGAUGUUUGACUGCCUGUACGCGGUGGCCGAAGGCCAUUGCAUUUACAGAGGACCGGUGCGAUCUUUGGUGUCUCAUUUAGCAUCCAUAGGCGCUCAUUGCCCACCGUAUCAUAACCCCGCUGAUUUUUUGCUCGAAGUCGCAAUCGGCGAUUACGGAGUUACCGUUGACAAAUUGGUCCUGGCGGUACAAAAGAUGUGGAAGGAUCAAAAGGAGAUUUCACCUGCUCCGAAGCAAGAAAAAUACUGCGUAGAGGAAACACCGUCAUCUGCUGGCUUUCUAGCGCAGUGUUAUCUUCUCUAUAAACGUCAAUUGAUGUCCUUGAAAAGAGAUCAUACGCUGUUGGUGAUUCGAUUGAUGUGCCAUCUUCUUAUCGGCGUAAUCUUUGGUUACCUGUACAGAGGAAGCGGUUACCGUGCCAAUGGUGUACUUGCGAAUUAUGCCUAUCUGUAUGGAUCGCUAUUGCUGGUGGUUUACACGGGAAAAAUGGCCGUCACUCUUGCAUUUCCACUAGAAAUGCAGAUCUUGACGCGGGAACACUUCAAUCGUUGGUACCAGUUAGGACCAUAUUAUAUUAGCAUGCUGUUGGUGGAAAUACCCUUUCAAGCUGCUUGUGCGACUACGUAUUUGGCAGUUAGCUACUGUUUAACUGGACAGCCGAUAGAAGCUCAUCGAGUUAUUUCUUUUAUGAUCGUAAGCAUCGCUGCGAGUCUAACUGCACAAGCUUGGGGCUUCUUCAUCGGCGCAACUACACCCGUUAAGAUUGCUGUGUUUGCCGGGCCUAUAAUCGCUGUACUGUUUUCCGUUUUCGGAUUUUGUAUACGUUACAUGGAUACUCCGGCUGCAUUCCGAUGGAUAUUCCACAUAUCCUAUUUUAGAGCUGGAUUCCACAGCCUACUGUACACGGUCUACGGUUUCGACAGAAUGGACCUAAAUUGCGACGAAAUUUACUGUCAUUAUCGAAAACCAACGAAAUUUUUAAAGGAAAUGGAAAUCAACGAGACAAACGUAGUGAGCAACUUGGUGCUGAUCGUUGGAAUUGGAAUUUUAAUGCAUUUUCUUACUGCCAGUGCGUUAUGGUGUAAGUUGAACAGAAGAUGAAGCGCUGCCAUCGAAAUCUCACUUCAACGGUUCGGUAUUCUGAACAACGGUUUACCGAUCACGGUACUGCUUGAGAUUACCACGUUGACUUAAUUUAAAUAAACGGGUAGAGAACACGAAAGAUAAUAUUAGACGUUACAGCGACUUAACGUCACGAGAUCCAGAAUGAUGUUCUACUAUACCGAAGUUUCGCAGAAUACUUACGAAGACGGCUGCUUUCUAGAAAUUGCGGUUAUCGUAAUUUCGAUUAUUAUCCCAGUGCGCUACCGGUGAAAUUAACACUUCCUCCUUUCCAUGACUAUUAGUUAACGAUACCUCGCUCACAAGAGCUUAUUAGCUGAAAAGCGUGGAUCUUAUCAAGGGGCACGGAUUGAGAGGAACGACAUUCUCUCUGAUAACAAGCCUCGAUUACUUAAUAACAAUAUUUGUACCGUUUAUAUUACUUGUAUUAUUCGGAGCAUCGUUCAUCUGCCGACUCGCGGAUCGGUAAGAUAAUAGUUAACUCGUUCGCUACCACGGUCACAGGGAUAACAAAGCGAUGCGUCGUCACACAUAUGUGACGGCUGGGAGCGAACGAGUUGAAGGCUAUGAUUUAUAAAACAUUUAUAAAAUGUACUCGUCAAAAACGUGAAUCUCUCGGCGAUACUACGAUAUUCUUUGUUACAAGGUCAAGAAAUGUCCUUAAUUAAGCGCAAGUAUUGCAUGCGAUAUACCAGCUAGUAAAUGAAACCAGUGCAAAAUGAUUUGUGGGUAUCGGAAUUUGUUUUCUAUACAAUUCUACGGAAACGACAUCGUUAAAUAUGUGAAAUUGUAAUGCAUAUUUGUGACGGUAUGGAAAUAAUAUGCAGUGUUGGCAGUGAUCCGUAUGCUAACUGCAUAGCCGAUACCUAUGUGUUCCCGAAGGAGGGAAAUACUAAAAUAUUAGAUGACGUGCCCGUAAUCCGAGGUGCGUGGUCGCUUUAAAUCGUCACGACAUUUUUUGGGGUAGCAGUGGGGUAUCUAUUUAGUAUAGAGAUCGGAAGCUUUGGUAUGGCAAUAGAAAAAUCAAAAUUAUCAAAAUGUCCACAUGCACAGGGUCAAUAUGAGACAAUACGGUAGCAUGUGCAUUAAGGGGUAACGCCACCUUGGAGGUUUGAACAAAUCAAUUUUUUGUUUUCUACCUAAAUCAUCAGCUUAUGGCCGUAGAUCAUGCAUCGAAGAAAAAAAAGGUGGAAAGAAAGAAGGACGGACUUCGAAAAAAGGUCCCUAGAGAAGACGUGGGAGGAUAUUUCGCAGCCGUUGAUUUGUAGACGGAAUGUUUCAUCGUCGGAACGCUUUGUUGCGGAGGCGCUUGUCGUCGGAUUGUUGCGUCCGCAGGUUUUUUGGCAUUUGAACUUAUUCGCUACUUGGAAACGCGUGCCUGGUGGUUGAAUUAUGUUUUCGAUGAAUUCUUUCCCAAUUAAUUGUAUUCGAUGAACUUCCGCAGACGGUUCUUUUGUUGUAUGUAUCGUAGAACGAAGCGUGACGGAGAAACCUUGUACGCAAAAUUGUAUUCGCGAGAAAAGGCGAUUCCGCAAAUGACCCAGCACGCCGCGAUUUCGGGCCCAAAAAAUUAAAAAAAGUAUUCGUUUACUCCUCAUACCCAUAUACCCGUUGAAACACGCUUACAUUCAUUUAAAUAACGUUAUUCAUUUAGCCACGGUUCCGUCCCAAACUUAGACAUCGUUUUAGGACUCAUAAGAUGGCGUUACCCCUUAAAGCAUUUAACAGAAUUAUAUUCACCUUAUUUUAGUUGUACAAUAUUAUUAACUAAUCGCACCAACAAAUCAGUAUAUAAACCAAUUAGAAAAGAAUUAUUUUUGUAAUCGGUGGCUAUUGUUUAAAACUAACUGUUCUAUCCAAUGCAUUAUAUCUUCGAGUACUACAGCAUUAUAAAUAUAAUUCGGGGUCAGGGACGAAGUAAAGACAUUUGACAAUUAGUUAUCUUGUUUGAAAUCUUUGAUUGUGAUUUUAUUUUCCGUUGGUUUAUUUUAUUUGAACCGGAUUCCGACAAGAAAAACAUUCCUUUGUUAGCGAAAGGAUCGUUAAGUUUUUUAAAAUAAAUUUGUGAUAUUUGCUGAUGUGCAGAUCGAUAAACGAAUCUUGAUUACCAUUUGAAUGUAGAACGUUGAACAUUUGAAAAAAGUGAUAAAUUACCGUACUAAAUGUUCUUCAGUUAGUUGUAGAUAUUCAUCGAUUAUAAUUUACUGCAGGGAUAAAUAUUUUGUAAUUCUCAGAUAAUACAGGGAAUCUCCACUAGUAUUUGUUUUGUUGUUGUGUUCGCGUUAAUUGAUUACUCUAUUUGGUUUGUAAAUCUGAAAAAAAGGAGCAGCUCAUAUAGAAAAUGAUAAAAUGGAGAUGCCGUAUUGUUAUCUAACAGGGUAUGUUUUAUGUACCGGUGUAUCCUUCAGACUCCCUGCAACGUGAACGAUUUAAAGGAUUUUUUUGUAGAAUUUACCGAUUCACUUAUUUUCUAACUUAUUUACCAGUGAUUCUUUACCAUAAGGUAAAUAAAAGAGACUAUUAAGAAUAGCAGAUCUGAUUACGUAUUUUAGAUACAAAACAGAGUCAGUCCAUAGUUUUGACUACCCCAAACCGAUUAAUGGAUUCCGGAUUACAGAAUGCGUAUUACGUUUGUAAUAUUAGUAAUGAUACCAUGCGAAGUUCAUCCAAAUUGUUACUGAAUUUUAAAUUGUUUAAGUACCUUUGAACUCGUUUUACAACGUUUCUUGGGAGGAAAAAUAGGAUUCUAAUUUGGAACCACGAUUCUAAUAUCCUAAAGGUGUAUUAAAUUACAGUCGCGUCGAACGUAAGCUGUUACAUAAUAAAGUAAUUAAUGAUUCGCAAGAAAUGUGAAAAUAAAGUAUCGGUUAUGCACAAUGCGUUGUCUUCUCGGAACUAUAAAAUUUUUGCUUCGAUCACUUUUUCAUAACCGUUAAAAAAGUACGUAAUGAAAAUAUUUAAUAAUAUUGUAAACAUUGCGCUACAUCACAUCCCAUAACCUUUUUGCAACAUUCUUGCGUAUACUCUAAUAAUUUUUAAGAUUUUAUUCAAAUAAGAAAAAGGCGAUAAUAAUAUCUGUAAUGAGCUAUUCAUGAAUUUGUUUUAUUAUCAUUAUUUAUGCAAUUUCGCCCGAUAAGUUGAAAGUCUAAUGAGUACAUAGUGCAUUCCUGAAGAUAUCGUGAGAUUUAUUUGAUUAAAAUGCACUAGUAUAUUUAAAUAUUUUGGGGCACUCUUUGUGAAAGUUGAAAAUUCUGAGAAUCAUCUUCACAGAAAACUCUUCAUAUUACAGUCACUAAUAACGAAUGCAAAAUUGCAUAUCAAUUCGUCGUAGGCUAGAAACGAAAUGUGUUAUUAUUUAUAUUUAAAACUGUUGUAAUACCCGAGUGUCUGAAUAAAAACAUGAAAAUUCGACGAGAA